GUCUCCGCCCCGGCGACCCUGAUCCGACCCCUCGACUCCUCCUCUUCAGCCAACACAACCUCUGCCGCCAAAGGCCUCCCAGUCAUGUUGAGGGCUCAAUCCAGCCAUCCCUUGGAGCCUUUAUCUGCGGCUGAAAUCUCGGUGGCCGUGGCAACUGUCAGGGCAGCUGGAGCAACCCCUGAGGUGAGGGAUAGCAUGCGCUUUGUUGAAGUAGCUUUGGUAGAACCAGAUAAGCGCGUUGUGGCAUUGGCCGAUGCGUAUUUCUUCCCGCCUUUCCAGCCAUCAUUGCUUCCCAGAACAAAAGGAGGACCUAUGAUUCCUAGUAAACUUCCUCCGAGGCAAGCGAGGCUUGUAGUUUAUAACAAAAAGUCAAAUGAGACUAGUGUUUGGGUUGUUGAGCUAUCAGAAGUUCAUGCUGCGACUCGAGGUGGUCAUCAUAGGGGUAAAGUCAUCUCCUCCAACGUUGUUCCAGAUGUUCAGCCUCCCAUGGAUGCUAUGGAAUAUGCUGAAUGCGAAGCUGUUGUAAAGGACUAUCCUCCGUUUCGGGAUGCCAUGAAGAAGAGGGGUAUUGAAGAUUUGGACCUCGUCAUGGUGGAUCCAUGGUGUACAGGAUAUCACAGUGAGGCUGAUGCUCCUAGCCGCAGGCUAGCUAAGCCUCUUAUCUUCUGUCGAACUGAGAGUGAUUGCCCUAUGGAAAAUGGUUAUGCUCGUCCAGUGGAAGGAAUUCAUGUACUUGUUGAUAUGCAAAACAUGGUGGUUCUUGAGUUUGAAGACCGUAAACUUGUUCCCUUGCCUCCUGCUGAUCCUUUGAGAAAUUAUACUCCUGGUGAAACACGAGGAGGUGUUGAUCGAAGUGAUGUGAAACCCCUAAAGAUCGUUCAGCCUGAAGGGCCAAGUUUUCGUGUUAAUGGGCACUUUGUUGAAUGGCAGAAGUGGAAUUUCCGCAUUGGGUUUACUUCGAAGGAAGGUUUGGUUAUCUAUUCUGUUGCUUAUACUGAUGGCAGUCGAGGCCGGAGGCCUGUGGCCCACAGGUUAAGUUUUGUUGAGAUGGUGGUUCCUUAUGGAGAUCCAAAUGAUCCCCACUACAGGAAGAAUGCAUUUGAUGCCGGGGAAGAUGGGCUAGGUAAAAAUGCACAUUCUCUUAAAAAGGGUUGUGAUUGUUUAGGUUAUAUCAAGUACUUUGAUGCACACUUUACAAAUUUCACUGGGGGUGUUGAAACAAUUGAGAAUUGUGUUUGCUUGCAUGAGGAGGAUCAUGGAAUUUUAUGGAAGCAUCAGGAUUGGAGAACAGGUUUAGCAGAAGUUCGACGAUCUAGAAGGCUGACAGUGUCUUUUAUUUGUACUGUAGCUAACUACGAGUAUGGAUUUUACUGGCAUUUUUAUCAGGAUGGGAAAAUUGAAGCUGAAGUGAGACUUACAGGAAUUCUAAGCUUAGGUGCGCUUCAACCAGGAGAAACCCGAAAGUAUGGUACAACUAUUGCACCUGGACUAUAUGCUCCUGUACAUCAACACUUUUUUGUUGCUCGUAUGGACAUGGCAGUUGAUAGUAAGCCUGGUGAAACUUAUAAUCAGGUGGUUGAAGUAAAUGUUAAAGUUGAAGAACCAGGAAAGAACAAUGUCCAUAACAAUGCAUUCUAUGCUGAGGAAAAACUUCUGAAAUCAGAACUGCAAGCGAUGCGUGAUUGUAAUCCUUUAUCUGCUCGCCAUUGGAUUGUCAGGCACACAAGAAAUGUCAACCGGACAGGACAGCUAACAGGUUACAAGCUAGUACCUGGUUCAAAUUGUUUACCAUUAGCUGGUUCUGAGGCAAAGUUUCUGAGAAGAGCUGCCUUUUUGAAGCAUAAUCUUUGGGUCACCUCAUAUGCACGUGAUGAAAUGUACCCUGGUGGAGAAUUUCCUAAUCAAAAUCCACGUGUAGGGGAGGGAUUAGCCACUUGGGUUCAGCAAGAUCGAUCUCUGGAAGAAGCUGACAUUGUUCUUUGGUAUGUAUUUGGAGUGACCCAUAUUCCUCGACUGGAAGACUGGCCGGUCAUGCCUGUGGAACAUAUCGGUUUUACACUCAUGCCACAUGGUUUCUUCAACUGCUCGACGGCAGUGGACGUCCCUCCAAACACAUGUGAGAACGACCUGAAGGAAAAUGAGAUGUCUACAAAACCUAUUCAGACUGCUCUUGUCGCUAAGCUCUGAGACGCAGGAAGCACAAUGGAAAAUUCAGAUGAGAUCCCUUAUUCCAUGUCCGUUUCUGUAGUCAAUCAGUCAAUGUUUUACAAUUUGAAUAUUUAUGAGGCUGGUCAGGGGAUGAACUACUCUUUGUUAUUAAAGUUGUAUCUGCUGAAACUUCUCUGUCAAACUCCUUGACUACGCUAAGUGGUGCUCAAUCCAAGUCUGUUCAUAGUCAUAUCUUCGACUUGCAGGUCGGGCUGACUUGAACAAGACGCAACAAAUUCCCAGCAUUUGGUUUGACUAUAGUAUCUAAAUUCUGAUGCUUUUCAUAAUGAAUAAAGAAUUAUGAAUGUUGUUAUGUU